GUACAAAAGAGUUUUAUUUUGAUAUAAGCUGCAGAGAUGUACUUUACAGCGGUGAAGCAUUGGGACAAAACAACUGAUAGGGCUCUUUGUCAAACAUUUAAGUAAACAACUAAGCAACAAACAAUACUGUAUGUGGAAAUUUCCCAAUGGUCUCCCAAAACACAAUAUAAUGGUAACAUCAAGAAUAUGUUGUCUUUUUGGCUCUCGGGUAACAAUCAGCCUCCCACCAGAAGUAGUGUUUCGGCACUUUACGGCGCAGGCUUAAAAAAAACGGGCAGCCACGAAAAUCCACGACGGGUUUCGGCUAACUCCGUCCGUCACGUGGUCCAAGUAGCAACAGAAGAUCCAGUCUGCGCAUGCGUAGCAUUUCAAGCCUCUCGACGGACUGCAUUUGUAAGCACGGGUUAUAGCUCUAAUGUGCGUUCAGUGGUCGCCGCCGUGCUCGCUGUUGACUUCACUACUUGCGCUUCGAAGCGUAUGAAACCCCGCUCUUCGACAGUGUGGUUCCGCCGGGCCUUGUCUCCUGCUCAUGAACUCCACUACCCGUCAGCCCGCUCCUCCUGCUCCUCCUCCUGCUGCUUGAGGUCAGGAGGUGGCCUCGUUCCGCGAGUCCACCAGCAGCAGCUGCUUUGGGACGUUUGGGGACUCGCUCGCGACGCUCUGUGCCGGGCCGUGGGUCGUCUGCGAUGAGAAGCCUGUGGUGAACAACCAGCUAACUGCAGCGUCAACAUGAUGUCCAUGACCUUUGAGGUGUCGAGCAGCGUGACGCUGCUCUUUGACUUCUGGAGUGUGCACGGAGCGGCAGGCAUGGUGCUGUCGGUGUUUGUGGUCUUUCUGCUCACGGUCUUCUACGAGUUACUCAAAGUGUUCAAGGUGUGGCUUGGGAGUAGAUCCAAGUGGACUCAGCCCCAGGAUCCGUACGCAGCCCCUCAGACCAGCGCCUCUGCACUGGAGAGCAGCCCCUCCGAGUCCUCGCUGACCCCCAUGGAGCCCCGCCCCCCCACUCCAGACAACAGAAAGCGCUGGCUGAUCCACGCGGUGCAGGCAGUGCUCCACAUGCUGCAGGUGUCUCUGGGCUACAUGCUGAUGCUGUGCGUCAUGUCCUACAACACCUGGAUCUUCCUCGGGGUCAUCGUGGGCUCUGGCCUCGGUUAUUUGAUCUCGUUCCCUCUGCUGCGUACCAUGUGACGGUAUGGACCGUUCAGAGGAUGUUUAUUUUCCAUUUCUGCUCUUGAGUACCAAAUGGUUAACUCUUGCAUUGGCUCAUUUCAGCAUUUUGUGCAGUUGCUUGAGGUUCACUUAGUGUUUGUGAAGAGUUUAACACGAGGAGCGAGUUCACGAAAAGAAAAAUUCCUUCUAACAAAUAAGCUGCAGGAAACUGUCUCAUAAAACUAGAUGUGCGUUGUGGUCCGUUAGCGGGGUCAGUCUUCCGUCUCCCUUUGCUUUUUGGACUGCUUUUGCUGAACGGUCUCUAUACGACAUUGAGAGCAUUAAAAUCGAAAUGAAUGAAUUAAACUUAGUAAAAAAAACAACCACUUGCGCCGUGAAUACAGUAAAUGACUACCGGCCCGACCUCACGCGCUCAUGGCCGCCGCUCUUCAUCACACUCACACAGCGGUCAGCUCGGUUUGCACCUCCUGCCCAGCCUUUAUAGCCGUAUUUCUUUAGGUAGGUCUAAAAGGGACAAAAUGUUCUGUUUUUGAGACAGAGUCUUAGCUCAUUUUUUUCUCAAUCAGGAAUCAUCUAGGAAGGCGACGCAUAUGAAAUGUGCAUUUGACUCUCCAGGGUGGAGGGCGGUGCUGCUUCUGGCUCAAACUCUUUUGUUUCUAUCCUACAAUGAAUUUGAAUAGUUUACAGCAGAGGUGCAAACCAUAUGAUUGAUGGAUGUCAUGCAUAGUUUGUGGCAUAAUACUACUACAACCUACUAACAAUUAAAGGUGUGUGACACUAAGGGUGAUUUAAAUAACAUUUUAAAAACAAUAAUUAGUGUGCGUGUGUGUGUGGGCAGAGAUUUACAGUCAGACAGGACUCUGAUUAAGGAAAUGAAUCCUAUGUUAACUCCCUGAUGUGUCUUUGCGGUUCAUUCACUGACGUAUGUCAUAUUUAAUCACAUGGUUCUGUGGCAAUUACUGACGAAACCACUAAAAAAAGGGAACCACAAGGCUGACAUCCGUGGGGUUUCUUGUCUUGUGAGACACCGCAUUUCGAUGUUGAGAUUCUGCCGUCAAUGUUUGCAAAUCUAUAAUCUAUGUAGAUAAAUCCGAAUGUGCCUUGGACAAAGCGUCAAGAGGCAGUUUCACAACAGCAAGCUGACUUCAGAAAAUGGGGAGGAGGAGGAGCAACACAUCAGAUUGCAGCUUGUUUGUUUCACUACAGAUAAAAGAACAACUGACGCUGACACCCAAAGAUGGCGUAACACUCAAAAUGGUUUUACAUUUUCUGGCAGGAAACUAUUAUGCAAAUUCAUACAAUGGCUCCUGGAAAGGACGAUGUAAUUUGAUAUUUUUAUUCUAAUAAAAAUGAAGAUGUUAAAUGACAA